UUGAAAAAUUCUUUUUAAAAAAUAAACAAACUUUUAAGUGAAAUGUGUAGGGACAGUGUUACAAGUAUAAAUCAAUUUAAAUUCAUUUAUCCGGUCUUAGAUGGAAUAGGAUGUUUCGUAUUUAUGGCAAUUAUGUUAGCACUUUUAUUUGCAGAUUGGUCCAGAUUGAUUUUUGCGUCAUUGGUACUUAUACCCACGACGUUUGCCGCGGAUAUUUUCAAUCUAUUAUUUAUAUGUUCACUGGAUACUGAAAACGAAAAAGCAAUAUAUGUAGUUUGUCAGUACCUCAUGGGAUUGAUCUGUGCUUUAGAUGGUACUCUAUUAUUGCUGAUCACUCUUCAAUAUAAGUGGAUGAUUCAGCAUUGCUUAAGUGUUACUUCCUCAGUUUACUUCGUUGGAAGUGUACUGCAUGUGUUGGAAGGAAAUUAUGCUCAAAAACUGCUAAUUGAUACCUCCUGGGCAUAAAACAGCGUCUUUCGCAACUAAUUGCUCAAAAUUAUUUUUUUAGGAAAUGUUCUUACAAUAAAACAAUUAAGUGUAAAGAAAUUUUGAUGAUAAAAGUAAAUAUUAGCAUAACGCCAAUAUAAUUCGAGUCCAAUAAUAAAUUAUACAACGUCCGUGAACUUUUCAAAACUGUUAGGAUUUGAUUAUAAACUGAGAAUAUAUUGUCGAUCAUUCUAAGUAAGCGAAUAUAUCUGUUAGACACCUCUAUUUAUUAAAUAAAUAAACAGCAAAUAGGAAGAAGUUAUAUUAAAACACGUGUGAUCCUAAACAUCUAAACUGAAAAAUUAUACCCAAACAUACAUGGUAACAAAGAAAAUGCAUUAAAAGCACCAGCCAACAGCACCAAAAAAUAUAUAAGCCAUGUAACAUAAACGCAAACAAGAGCAAUUUGAUAGCAUCCUAUACUAUGGUAAAAUGACUGUAAAUAACAA